AUGGAGCAUCAUCAAUCUAGUGAUGAGAAGUUUGAGAAAUUUAUAUGGAAGGUUGAAAACUUCUCUCACUUGAUAAUAGAUCACAUUUACUCCGAGCCUUUUGUACUAGGCGGUUAUCCAUGGAGGAUUAUUCUGUAUCCUAGUGGUAUCUGUUAUUGCAACUACUUAUCAAUUCAUUUGGAGGCUAUGCAAACUGCCAAUAUGUCUGAGGGAUGGAGCAGAGAUGUCAAAUUCUGUAUCCUAUGUUCUGAUCAUCCCUCGCUUAUUGAGAGCCAUUUGAACAACGAUUUUGCAUUCGCAGCAUUGGGUAGAGUUCUUUAUUUUCUUAAGACUAGAAAAGUAAAAGAUAUGAAUGAACAAGCUUGUAAGGAUCUUCAAGUUUUAUGGGAGGAACUUGAAAAAUAUGGAUUUAAUCUUAGUUGGUUAGAGCCUCAUGUUCAAUCUGCCUUAGCAAUGAAAAAUUAUGUGCGGAAUGUUCUACUAAUGAAAAAGGUGAAGGAGGAUAUGGUAAUUCUAGAGUUAGAAACGGAGAGGCUAAAUGCAAAGUUGGCUGCUCUUGAGCUAAAUCUUGACGUUGAAAGAGACUUACGGAAAGAAAAAGGGUUAGAAGAGAGAGAUUUGGAUUUUGAACUAGGAUACGGCAGUUGA